GGGUUGCUUUUGGUUCUUGACUUGGUCGUCCAAAAACCAGUACCGAAUAUCUUCAACAAACCUCGCAAAAAUCACCGCCCAAAACCCCUAAUUUUGUUAGCACCAAUUUUGCGAUACAUGAAUCCAAAACCCCUUUUCUCCAAGCCACUCUCUUUUUCUCAGCCCCGUUUCUCGCAUCAACCCAUCCCGAAAACUGAAUUGUCUAAUUUUCUAGGGUUUCAUGGAUGAUAACAAAGAGAAAGUCCGUGACCUCACCGUUUCGGUCCCUAAAACGUCAAAUUCGUAUCACUUGAUCCCCAAUCCGUCGUUGAAUCAAUCGUCGUGGCUUGAAAUUCGACUCUUUUAUGUCCGGAUCGCUCCUUGCGUGGUGGACAGCGUUCCCGAUCACCUCACGCUCAGCCAUCUCCGCCGCGAGAUCGGCGUUUCCCUUGAAAUCAACGGUUCCUAUGUCCCCGCUGCAGAUUCAGCCUCCCUCACACUCCGUCGCGAUCGCCUCAACAAGGAGCCCCCCGAGGUUACUUAUGUGAGCACCGAUAGCGUACGUGUUACGGGUAGUAUCGAAUUUGAGGUGUUGGAAAAUGAGGACAUGAUUCUCUGCGGUUCUUUGGAGAGGAUGGAGUCUACGUGGGGAAAUGGGACCGUGGGAUUGGAGAAUGAUUCAAGGACUGGUUGGAGUAUGGAUUGUUAUACGACUGCGGGCAUUGGGGCCGGCAGUUCAGCGUUUUUUCAGCCGAGGCUGGGGGUAUCGGCACCUGCAAUUGAGGUUUAUAUUGCUGGGUGCUGUGGCGGUGUGCCUGUGAUAUUAACAAAGACGAUCCAGGUAAGUCCAAGGAGGAAAGGUUUGAGGCAUGGGACACUUGAUGCGAUUCCUGAGGAUGAGGAGAUUGGGAGUGAGCAAAAGGGUGGAAAUGUAGUGGUUCGCCGCAGCAAAGUGCAGAUAACAGAAGCAGAUGCAGACGCUGAUGCUUAUGACAUGGACGGAAAAAUUGGAAACAGGUACUAUUCGGAAGAGAUAUACACUGGUGAGGAUGGUCAACUCUCAUGGUUCAAUGCUGGUGUCAGAGUUGGUGUUGGAAUUGGCCUUGGGAUGUGCCUUGGGGUUGGGAUUGGUGUUGGACUGCUCAUGCGUUCGUAUCAGGCAACUACCCGAACUUUCAGGAGGAGCAUGACCAACGACAGAUCCUCUGUGACAAUGCCUCAUCGUAGCAACUCUACGCCCCUCCCCUUGGUGGUCUCUCUUAACUGCAUCGAGGAUUUAGCCCUCGAGCACGACUCCCUAGCGGGGGUCGCUGCCGUAGAGCAUGUCCCCCUCAGUCGUCUCGCCGACGGAAAGAUCGGGGCUGCCUCUGUCGUUCUACUUCACUCCCUUGCAUACCUUCCCCGCGCCGCCCAGCGACGUCUCCGUCCCUUCCAGCUCAUCCUUUGCCUUGGAUCCGCCGACCGUGCCGUGGACUCUGCCCUUGCUGCCGACCUCGGCCUUCGGCUCGUCCACGUGGAUACGUCCCGAGCUGAGGAGAUCGCCGACACCGUCAUGGCACUUUUCCUUGGAUUGCUUCGUCGCACACACCUGCUCUCACGCCAGACACUUUCAGCUUCUGGAUGGCUCGGAUCGGUGCAGCCUCUCUGCCGAGGGAUGAGAAGGUGCAGAGGGUUGGUUUUGGGGAUCGUAGGUAGAUCUGCGUCUGCAAGGUCUCUGGCUACGAGGAGCUUGGCGUUCAAGAUGAGUGUGCUCUACUUCGAUGUUUACGAGGGACAGGGGACACUCAGCCGGUCCUCAAUUACAUUUCCUCCUGCUGCUCGAAAGAUGGAUACUCUAAAUGACUUACUGGCUGCAAGUGACCUUAUUUCACUUCAUUGUACACUUACAAAUGAGACAGUUCAGAUAAUCAAUGCAGAAUGCUUGCAACAUAUAAAACCUGGAGCAUUUCUUGUAAACACGGGCAGCAGUCAACUGUUGGAUGAUUGUGCUGUGAAGCAGCUUUUAAUUGACGGAACCUUAGCUGGUUGUGCUCUGGAUGGAGCGGAAGGACCACAGUGGAUGGAAGCAUGGAUAAGGGAGAUGCCCAAUGUAUUGAUACUUCCUCGAAGUGCAGAUUAUAGCGAAGAAGUGUGGAUGGAGAUUAGAGAGAAGGCCAUUUCUAUCAUGCAGACAUUCUUCUUUGAUGGGGUUAUUCCAAAGAAUACUGUCUCUGAUGAGGAUGAACAGGAAAGUGAAAUUGGAGAGGAAAAUGAACAAUGUGAUAAGCAAGUCAAAGAAAUUGCUUUUCAGGGUUCUGUCGGCAAGAGAUUAGAAGAUGAUACUCAACUAAGUACAGAAAGCUACCUGAAAAAUUCAAGUAGUCAAUCAAUUGAAUCUCAUAGCCAAAAUCAGGGUGUGUUGUCUCACAAUACUGCCUCAAGAUCCGAAGGGAAACGCAGCAGAUCAGGGAGGAAGGCCAAGAAGAGGCACUCCCGACAAAAAUCCCUUCAAAAAUCAGAUGACCCUUCUUUAUUAGAGAAAGAAAGCACUUCACACCAAGAAGAUGAUACUGCCAUGAGUGGUACAGAUCAAGUUGUUAGUUCCAGUUCUCGGUUUGCUUCUCCUGAAGAUCCAAGGAGUAGGAAAGCACCAAUGAGUUUAAUAGAAGAAUCAAUAUCAGACCAGCUUAUAAAGUCAAGAAAGAAGUUAAGUGGCAAGUCUGCUGAACUACUAAAAGAUGGUUAUGUUAUUGCUUUGUAUGCAAGAGAUCGUCCUGCGCUCCAUGUCUCUAGGCAAAGAGUUAAAGGUGGUGGCUGGUUUUUAGACACCAUGUCUAAUGUAACCAAAAGAGAUCCUUCAGCACAGUUCCUUAUUAACUUCAGGAGCAAGGACACCAUUGGCUUGCGUUCUUUUGCUGCUGGUGGGAAGUUGUUACAGAUUAAUAGAAGAAUGGAAUUUGUAUUUGCUAGUCACAGCUUUGAUGUUUGGGAGAGUUGGAUGUUGGAAGGCUCGUUGGAUGAAUGUAGGCUGGUUAACAGUAGGAAUCCAUCGGCUGUUUUGGAUGUUCGCGUUGAGAUUCUAGCAGCUGCGGGAGAUGAUGAUGGUAUUACUCGUUGGCUUGAUUAGUGUAUGAAUAGGAAAAUCUGCCUGCACAUGGUUUUCAUUCAUCUGAGGUUUGUAUUUCAUCAAAACGACGUGUGAAGUCCCUUGGUUUUUUUGGGGUGGUGUUGCACGAGCAUUUUCAUGUCAGUUGCUCGGUCUCUAGAUUAUUAUUACCUGAAUGUGCUUAUGAUUUAUUUAUAUUAUGAUACCGUUUUUGCUUUAUUCUAUGGAGCAAGGACAUUCACUAGCA